UGUUGCGUUUUUUAAUUUUCGUUGUUUGCUACAAUUUUUUGGCGCUGCAGAAUGGGGCCCUAAUUCCCGAAUCGUGAACCUGCUGUACUCCUUUACUGCGAUUCGUGCUCUCCUUUCCUCAGUAAAUCGACAUCGAUCUCUGUUUUGAAUUAGGACCAUAGAAAACACAUGAUUCAAUGGUGGCAGCGGGUCCAUCAAAAGAAUUUGCAUUUUAAUCACCAAAUAACACUCAUUCAACCCCAUUAAAAAUUGCAUCACAUAAUCUUGUUCCCUGUAUUUCUUCGAAUCACAGUUACAAUCAACCACAGGCCUGUAAUUUUCUAAUUCCUCCCAAUAAACAGUGAGUUCUGUAAAGAUAUCAGUAACUGAAAGGUUACCUUGCUUGAACGACUACAAUUCUUGUUGCAAUUUGGUGACUUCCACUAAAUCUCCUCGAGAGAACCUCUCUCUCAGAUUCUUCAAAACAACAGUAGAUAGUUCCACAUGAACUAUCUGAGCAACCGACGGCGAAAUGGAAUUAACAAUCCAAGAAUGAAUCAGAUUGUUGCAUCUUUCCCAACCAUCGUAGCUUGGAUCAAAUCGAUCUGAAACCAAAAGAGAUCAGCACACGCUUCAUCAAUUUCGCCCAUGUGUGAUAAUUCUUCCAAUUCAGCAAAGGACUCACGAGUGGAAUCAAAUGGUUUUCUCCUGGAUAAACAUAGUAGUGACUUGAAGGGUUUUGCAUGGGAUCUGUUACCUGACCGAAUAGAACUUCAGAAGAGGAAGCAACACAAGGCAGCAGAGCUCACGAGCAGCUCUGAUACCAUAAAACCAGCUCUAACACAGAAAAAGAGAAGAAAAACUUGACUGGAAACUUUGCAAAUGAUUCCUCUUGACCAUUCAAUUGAUAGCGAUAAGUAUAUAUAGCAAUGCCUCGUAAAGCCAAAUGUUCAAAAAAGCGACCAUCUCGUGGCAUAUCAAAUUUGGUGCCCCUUGCUUCAUCUCAAGGACAUUCUGCACCUGUGGAGCCAUCACUACAGCCUUCAACAACUGCGCAACCUUGUGCUCCUAUGAUCACCAUUAUCCCACCAUCAGUUCCUACAGCUCAAAAUAUGGUCUCAACAUCAGAUCCACCAUCACAUACAAUUCCUCAUAAAGCCAAAAGGUCAAAUAAGAGAGUAUGUCGUGGAAUAUCAAAUUUGGUGCCUCAUGCAUCGUCUCAAGGACAUUCCGCACCAGUGGAGCCACCACUAAAACCUUCCAAAGUAGCACGGCCUCGUGUUCCUAUUAUCACCUUUAUUCCUCCGUCAAUUCCUACAGCUCAAAAUCUUGUUUCAGCAUCAGAUCCACCAUUGCGUAAAAGGCCUCGCAAAGCCAAGCUUUCACAAGGGAGAGCAUCUCUUAGCAUAUCAAAUUUGAUGCCCUACACUUCAUCCCAUGGACAUUCCACGCAUGUGGAACCACCACCACUACGGUCUUCACAGGUGGCACAUUCUUGUGCUCCUACUACUGUUGUUCCACCGUCAAUUGCUACAACUCAAAAUAUGGUUUCAUCAUCGGAUCCACCAUUUCAUACAAUGCCUCAUAAAGCCAAACAUUCAAAAAAGAGGGGAUCUGAUGGCAUAUCAAAUUUGAUGCCUCAUGUUUCAUCUCAAGGACAUUCCAUACAUGUGGAGCCACCACUACCGUCAAUUCCUACAGCUCAAAAUCUGGUUUCGGCAUCACAUCCACCAUUGCGUAAAAUGUCUCGUAAAGCCAAGUUUUCACGAGAGAGAGCAUCUCUUGGCAUAUCAAAUUUGAUGCCCUUCACUUCAUCCCAUGGACAUUCCACACAUGUGGAACCACCACUACAGCCUUCACAGGUGGCACAAUCUUGUGCUCCUACUAUUACGCUUGUUCCACCGUCAAUUGCUACAACUCAAAAUAUGGUUUCACCAUCGGAUCCACUAUUGCAUAAAGUGCCUCAUAAAGCCAAACAUUCAAAAAAGAGGGGAUCUCAUGACAUAUCAAAUUUGAUGCCUCAUGCUUCAUCUCAAGGACAUUCCAGAUAUGUGGAGCCACCACUACAGCCUUCAGAGUUGGCACAAUUUCAUGCUCCUACUCUCUCCCAUAUUCCAUCAUCUAUUCCUAUAGCUCUGGAUCCACUUUCACGCUCAGUGCCUCCUCAGAAUGUAUUUUCAGGCAUACUAAAUUUGAUUCAUCAAGCUGCAUAUCAAGGAUAUUCCUUACUUGAGGAAUUACCACAGCCUCCUUCAAAUUUGGCACAACCUUGUGCACCUACUAUCACUGAUAUUCCACCAUCAAUUCCUACUGUUCAAGAUCUGGUUUCACCAUCGAAUUUACCAAAGGGUUUAAUGCCUCGUAAAGCCAAACAUUCAAAAAAAAGAGUAUCUCGUAGCCUAUCAAAUUUGAUGCCUCGUGCUUCUUCUCAAGGGCAUUGCAUACCCAUGGAACUGCCACUACAGCCUUCAGAGUUAGCACAACCAUGUGCGCCUCCUGUUGUCCUUGAUCCAUCAUCAAUUCCUGUAAUUCAAGAUCCGGUUUCAUCAUCUGAUCCAUCAUCAAUUCCUGUAAAUCAAGAUCCGGCUUCACCAUCUGAUCCAUCAUCAAUUCCUGCAAAUCAAGAUCUGGCUUCACCAUCUGAUCCAUCAUCAAUUCGUGCAAAUCAAGAUCCAGUUUCACCAUCUGAUCCAUCAGCAAGUCCUGUAACUGAAGAUCUAUCAUUACACACCAUUGUCCCUCCAUCUACUGUUACUCACCAACCCCUUGCCCCUUAUUUUCGUCAUUGUAGAGGACGAGAAUGGGCUGUACAAGCUAUAGAUCAACACGGAAAUACAAAAGAGAUUCAGGUGACAAAAGCAGAUGUGUUUCUGAUGCCUCCUGGUCAACACAUAGUAGUGUCAUUUGAUGGACAAUUGCGAGCCUAUGGAGAUGCAGCAACACUGCUUUCUGGAGCUUGUGGACGAAUUGUCACCGAUUCAAAAAAUGUUCCUAUUAACUUUGAAAGUUGGACAAAAGUGCCAAAAUCAUACAAGGAUAAUUGCUUUAACAUUUUAAAGACUCUGUUUCAUUUUCAAGCCUCUGAAUCAACUGCUAGGCGUUAUUGUUUACUUACCAUGUCGAGAAAGUACAGAAAUGGGAAGCAUAAGUUGUGGACGAGUGCUUUUGACCCUUCGUUAUCUAGAGAACAGCUAAUCGCUAAAGUUCCUUAUGGCAUUCCGGAAGAUCAGUGGUUGUCAUUUAUUGACAAUCAUUUGAAGCCAGAGUAUCAGGAGUUAUGUCGGAAGAAUGCUGUAGUCAGACAAAAGCAAACUGUUCCACACACUGGUGGGGCUAAACUGUUGUCGAGGAAACAACAUGAGAUGGAAGUAGAGCUUGGACGUCCCAUUAGUCGAGUUGAAUUGUACAUUGCAACUCGCAAAAAAAAAGAUGGAUCCUUUGUCAAUGAGGAGGCAAGGUCUAUUGGGGAGAAGAUGACACAAGAAAUUAGUGAGUGUGCCAAUCCUACAGAAAUUUCAACUAAUGAUGCGCUUGCCAAAGUAUUAGGACGAGAUCACUGUGGUCGUGUACGUUGCUUAGGCUUAGGAGGUCUUCACAGUGUUGCAUUUCAAUCCACUGAAAAGUUUAGUGGCACAGGUAGAAAUUUAUCAAAUUCUAAUUCAGUUGAAAGUUCUCAACUGAAAGAGGAGGUUACUAGUUUGAAGACCAAGUUAGCAGCUUCUGAGGAAAAUGUCAAGACAUUACAAAAUAUAAUGCUUACAUACAUACAAAUGAAGGAAGGACACAUCCCUAAAGAGUUGGGUGCUUUGUUUGAUACUAAUGUAGCGGAUGAAAAUAGCGGAGAAGAUAUGUCAACAUCAGAAAGUGGAUCUUCAUUAGAUAGUAAUCGUCAUUAGAAAUGACGGACUUGGUUAUAUUCUUUUGUACUGAAGUUUGACACUUUAUUUAGUUUAACUUGCAGUAUGUAUUUUGUAACUUUCCUUUGUUUGGAUUUUUGAAGUCGUUAUUGGAGAUCUAUUGUGAACUUCUAAAUCCUGUUAUAUUUA